CAGGCCAGACAGACAGAUAGACCAGGAUGGAUUGCUGGGAGCUCCUGCUGGUAGCCUGGAUCACCUGCUUCUUCAGUCUGCCCAGUGAUGGCUUACAAAGGAUUGCCCUCAAGAAAAUGAUGACAGUCAAAGAGAGCAUGAAGAUGAGGGGCCAGCACUUGGAGUACUUGGAUAUGGCAGAGAACUCCUUGCAUGAUGUAGUGUCCCCUAUUGUUCUCACCAAUUAUGAGGAUACCCAGUAUUAUGGUGAGAUCAGUAUUGGCAGUCCACCCCAAAAGUUCAAAGUCGUUUUUGACACUGGCUCUUCUGACUUUUGGGUACCCUCCAGCCAAUGUGACCCACUCUACACAGCCUGUGAGUUACACAAGCGAUAUGAUUCCUCAAAAUCUUCUACUUACAAAUCGAAUGGGUCUGAAUUCACCAUCCAUUAUGCAUCAGGUCGGGUCAAGGGCUUCCUGAGCCAGGAUAUAGUGACUAUUGGUGGAAUCAAGGUGACUCAGUUAUUUGGUGAAGUCACAGCACUGCCCCUGAUACCCUUUGGAUUGGCCUGGUUCGAUGGAGUCCUGGGCCUGGGCUACCCUAAGCGGUCAAUGAGCGGAAUCACUCCUGUCUUUGACAACAUAAUGGCCCAAGGGGUGCUGAAGAAAGAUGUCUUCUCUAUCUACUACAGCAGGAAAUCCAAGAGUUCAGGGAAGAAUGGUGGAGAGCUGAUACUUGGAGGCAGUGACCCCAACUAUUACCAAGGGACCUUUCACUACAUCAACACCAGCCGUCUACACUUCUGGCAGAUCCAGAUGCAAGGGGUGGCUGUCAAGUCUCAGGUGGUGUCCUGCGAGGCUGGCUGCGUUGCAGUUGUGGACACAGGAACAUCCUUCAUCACAGGCCCAUCCAAUUCCAUAGGGGCACUGAUGAAGGCAAUUGGAGCUAAGAAAGAUGGGCAUGAGUAUCUUGUAAAAUGUGACCAGAAAACCACACUCCCGGAUAUCUCUUUCAACUUUGAUGGCAAGGACUUCACACUCCAAGGUCCUGACUAUGUCUUAGAGGCUGAUAAACAGAGUGAUCCGAUGUGCCUGGUGGGCAUCCAUGGCCUGGAUGUCGCACCACCAACAGGACCUCUGUGGGUCCUGGGAGCAACCUUCAUCCGAAAGUUCUACAUUGAAUUUGACCGGCAAAACAAUCGCAUUGGUUUGGCCUUGGCAGCUUGACCCAUCUCUGCCCACAUCCCUGUUGGAUCCUGCUUUCUCCCUGUUGUGCUUCAAUCCUUGGGACUGGGGCAAGUCCCUCCAUCAAGCUCUCUAAUUCUGCAGACCAUUGUUAAUCUUCAGCUUUAAUUGAGAAUAGAAUAAAGUUUUAUUACUUAAA